GUGGAGCCGCCGGCUAACGAUCACUGUAGUAUCUGAGAGGCAACGGCACCAUGGCGCCUCGGGCACGGCCGUGUAUUUUCCUGACUUGUCUGCUGUUCAUUGUGGGCACUACCCAACAGAGCGCAACCGUUCCUCCAUUACCUACAUCCUCCUCAUCUCCCUCCACCCUAUCAACACCUCCACCCUCCUCCACCUUAUCCACCCCUCCAUCCCGGACCACGACCGAGGCAGCCCCAGUACACUCCACAGAGAACUUGAAAACCAGAAUCACCUCUUCUACUGACGGGACGACCCCGUCUGCUGCCAUAACAACCAGCACAGAAUCCACCGUGACAACCAACUCAUCUGCUGCCGUAACAACCAGCACAGAAUCCGCAGUGACAACUACCUCAUCUGCUGUCAUAACAACCAGUACAGAUGCUGCCGUGACAACCAGGACAGAUGCUGCCAUAACCAGUACAGAUGCUGCAAUAACAAACAGUACAGAUGCUGCCGUGACAACCAGUACAGAUGCUGCCUUGACAACCAGUACAGAUGCUGCCGUGACAAACGGUACAGAUGCUGCCAUAACCAACAGUACAGAUGCUGCCCUGACAACCAGUACAGAUGCUGCCAUAACAACCAGUACAGAUGCUGCCAUAACCAACAGUACAGAUGCUGCCCUGACAACCAGUACAGAUGCUGCCAUAACAACCAGUACAGAUGCUGCCAUAACCAACAGUACAGAUGCUGCCUUGACAACCAGUACAGAUGCUGCCUUGACAACCAGUACAGAUGCUGCCUUGACAACCAGUACAGAUGCUGCCAUGACAACCAGCACAGAUGCAAGAACCUCCUCAUCGAUCACAUCUCCCUCUACUACCUCUACUUCCACGACUACAACUAGGACUCCUCCUACUACUACAACUACUACUACUACUAGCAGAACCAUACCAACCAGCACCUCAAAACAAAAUACCACAGUAAUCCAGGGGGAGACCGACCACUCCAAGGCUCUUAGCCCAGGGAGUGUUGCUGUUAUCGUAUCAGUCUUCAUUCUGAUUGUCAUCCUUAUUUUUGGAGGAGCAUACCGACACAAAAUGCGUUCAAACUACGGCCGCUUAGUAAACGACGACUACGGCUCUCUAGGGACCUUCCACAACCCCAUGUACGACCCCUGACCUUUCUCCGAUCCCUCCAACGUACCAGCCCCCUGCCCCACAUCCCCAGACCCCUCAGGACGCCAUGCAGAGGAAACCCUGGAGGGCCGUGUGAAAUUGCUGUUGAGCAAGCCACAGGACGAUGACCCAAACAUUACAAAUUAAUCUGCAGGGACCGGGCCGUCUGUGGUUGCACGCAAUGUCACCAUCCAUAUAUGGCAAGUACCGCUCCAUCCCAGUCACAUUCUGGUUUCUGACCCGCCGGUCUGGUUAGUUCUGGCCAGGGCCAUUUUUAAAGAAUGGUAUCUAAUCUCAAAUCUCUCUAAAUGUUUAUGGAUCUUUAGGAGUUACCUUGCCUUUUCUGUGCCAGAGUUUAACUACUAAAAGAAAAGGAAGAGAAUAAUUUUGUGUUUGUAAGUUAGAGUAUUCCAAACAAACAAAAUUGUAUUUAUGUGUGUGAGCUUGUGUGAUAGCCUAUGCGUGAUUGUCCAUAAGGUUUUUUCCGGUUGAAGAAAAGAGAACCUGAAACAGAACAACAGUAGCCCCCUCGUAGCAGUCUGGUAUUUUAGGUUCUCUUCUGUUCCACGGAGGGCUUUGCUUUUAGUAUUUAAUGUGUUCAGUAACCAACAAUAACCAAUGUUAAAUAAGGGUUUACUUCAUUGAGCUCAGUCAUCUUUUUAACUAGUCCUACGUGAUUGGACAUCAUAAACCCAGUAUUACUACUGCGGUUGAUAAAUAUGGAUCCUUGGUGUGUAAACCUGAUGGAACUAAGGGAAGGUUCAUCACAUCUUAAUUAAAGCUCAUCUGUGGUGAGGUGACUCAUCCCAAUUGCUCUUGUGCAAUAAAGUCAUGUAGUCCUGGGAGAAGCAGUUCACUGGGUGGUUCACAGGUGAUUAAAUGUGUUCAUGUGUGUGUUUACUGGUUCUGGUAUAGAAACACGCACCCCUCUCUUCCAUACAUAUAGUGCCAAAACCCUCUGUGACAUCAGCUGUAUGGAACUAUAUAUAUUACUUUGCUUUUAUUAACUAUACACUGCUUCUGUCUCUCGUAAACACCCAUACUAAUGUAUACACACACACCUUCCGUCUCACACCCUCAGACACACAGCAGCAUUUUAGUGAUCACCUUGUUUUCAUGUUCUCUUAUUAAGCAAUCUCACCUGAGGGGGAGUGCUGCUGAACAUCAGCACGGCUGGGACUGAAGAUAAUCACAGCCGUGCAGACGUUAUGUAAAGCAGCACGACCUACGGUGUGAUACUGCUUUUAUACCACAGUUCUUCAGAUGUGAUUUGUUUGUUUAAAUGUAUUUGAAAAUGUAUUAAACUGUACCACAAUUGGACUUGCCUUGGCAUGUUUGUUGUUAGAUGAUCCUGAAUACUAGCUUGAUUCGUUGUGUAGGACUACAUGGUUGGUCCAGCUAGGUUGUAUGAUGUACAUUUAUCUUAAUGUAUACAUUUGUUGGGCAGACCGUGAAAUGAGAGUCUGUCCACAGUUGCUUUGCUGGCAUGUGUGGUUGCAAUAAGUUAUCAGCUUGACCAGACAGUGCGUUGCUCCAUAGUUUUUAACACCUGAACAGAAUGUAUUGUUGGGGAUGUCUGCUCAGUGGGCUAUUAGACGCUAUAUCAGCACUCAUGGAAUGCCUCUUGUCUAAUCAAAUGACGGUAACGCUUUAUAUUAAGGUCCUUGUAAUAAGCCUUAGUUAAUUUGUAAUAAGACCUUAUUAUAUGCUUAUUAAGAUUAAUUUGUGGU